AUGGGCUCGCUCCCGGUGCUCUCCCCGGCGGAAUGCGCGCCGCCGCCGACGGAGGGGACGCGGGCGACGGUGGCGGCGUCGGACCUGGCCGCGCUCUUCGACGCGCAGCGCCGCCACCUCGACCACUUCUUCGACCGGCUCGACAUGCCGCAGGCGGCGGCGUUCGCGCAGGCGCUGCUCGACGCGCCCGGGGCCGUCUUCUUCACCGGCGUCGGCAAGUCCGGCAUCGUGGCCCGCAAGCUGGCGCAGACGCUCGCCUCCCUCGGCUUCGCACGCGCCGGGUUCCUCUCCCCCGUCGACGCGCUCCACGGCGACAUCGGCUCCGUCUUCCCCGGGGACGUCCUCGUGCUGCUCUCCAAGUCCGGCGCCUCCGACGAGCUGCUCGCGCUCGCCCCCUGCGCGCGCGCCAAGGGCGCGCAGCUCAUCUCCCUCCCCUCCGCGGCCUCCGGCUCCGACUGCCCGCUGAAAAUUUGA